AUGAAUCUUUGGUGUUGUCUAUGCUUCAACCAAAAGGAAAAAGAAGAAGAAGAGGAAAGCUGUGAUUUCGUUGAACCUAUGAACAACGACGAGGACAACUUCGGAAACGUUUUUGAUGAGGAAGAAGGUGAAGACGUGAAUUUCGACGCCGGAUUUGUUCAGUAUGGGAGAGAUGCAUUUGGUUCGUGGCAAGUUACACAAGGAGAAGGAGAAAGUAGUUCAGUAAACGCCGCUGUUGCUCCGGGGAGUCCUGUCGCUGAUGAGAGCCGCGAUUCGUCUCACAAGCGCGCUAAGUUCUAUAAUGAGUGUAACUUUGAUGACCCAACAUCGUCUAGUAAAGUGAAAUAUUCUAUGGAUUAUGGAGAUUUCGAUGCGUCUCUCCGACCUAGUCAUGUCACUUGUUAUGGAGAUUUUGCGUUGGUGUGUACUGGUGAGGAUGAUAAUGGUGUGGAAGACAGGGAAGGGAAUGAUAGUGACAGUUCACAAUUAGAAGAACAAGAGGUUGUCAGGAUGGAUCUUACGGAUGACCUGUUGCAUAUGGUUUUCUCAUUUCUGGAUCAGACAAAUCUCUGCAGAGCUGCCAGAGUUUGUAAGCAGUGGCGAGCUGCUAGUACUCAUGAAGAUUUCUGGAAGAAUUUGAAUUUUGAAAAUCGGGACAUAUCUGAAGAACAAUUUGAGGACAUGUGUAGGCGUUAUCCGAAUGCUACAGCAUUGAGCAUAUCAGGACCUUCUAUUUAUUUGCUGGUCAUGAAGGCUAUAUCUUUGUUAAGGAAUCUUGAGGUUUUGACAUUAGGAAGAGGACAGAUAGGGGAUGCUUUUUUUCUUGCUCUACCUGAUUGUUCUAUGUUGAGAAAAUUGAAUAUCAAUGACUCUACACUUGGCAAUAGUAUUCAGGAGAUAUCUGUCGUUCAUGAGAGACUGUGUCAUCUUGAGUUAACAAAAUGUCGUGUUAUGCGAAUACAAGUCAGGUGCCCACAACUUAAAACUAUGUCCUUGAAGCGCAGUAACAUGGCCCAAGUUGUUCUUAAUUGUCCUCUGUUGCAUGAACUUGAUAUAGGCUCUUGCCACAAACUUCCUGAUGCUGCUAUUCGUGCUGCUGCAACUUCAUGUCCUCAAUUAGUGUCUCUGGACAUGCGUAAUUGUUCUUGUGUCAGCGAUGAAACACUCCGUGAAAUAGCACAACAUUGUCCUAAUCUUGGUUUUCUUGAUGCAUCGUAUUGCCCAAACAUAUCUUUGGAGUCUGUUCGACUCCCAAUGUUGACAAUUCUAAGGCUUCAUAGCUGCGAGGGCAUCACUUCUGCAUCAAUGGCUGCAAUAGCUCAUAGUUCUAUGUUGGAGGUUUUGGAGCUUGACAAUUGCAGUCUAUUGACUUCAGUGUCGUUGGAUCUUCCACGUUUGCAAAAUAUUAGAUUGGUGUACUGUCGCAAAUUAGCAGAUUUAAACUUGAGGGCUAUAUCGCUUUCUUCUAUACAAGUGUCUAACUGCUCUGUACUCCAUCGGAUCAAUAUCACUUCAAAUUCACUUCAAAAAUUAGCAUUGCAAAAGCAGGAUAGCUUAACUACAUUAGCACUGCUAUGCCAAUCUUUACAAGAAGUGGACCUCUCUGAGUGUGAAUCCUUGACAAACUCUAUAUGUGAUGUUUUUAGUAAUGACGGUGGAUGUCCUAUGUUGAAAUCACUAGUUCUUGAUAAUUGUGAGAGCUUGACUUCAGUUCGCUUCAACAGCACCUCAUUAAUCAGUCUUUCUCUUGGUGGUUGCCGAGCAAUUACUACUCUUGAGCUAACCUGCCCUAAUCUUGAGAAGGUCAUCUUGGAUGGUUGUGAUCAUUUGGAAAAUGCAUCAUUUUGCCCUGUUGGUCUUCGAUCUCUCAAUUUAGGAAUAUGCCCAAAGCUAAACAUACUCUGCAUUGAAGCGAUGCUAAUGGUCUCGCUAGAGUUGAAAGGAUGUGGCGUUCUGUCUGAAGCAUCCCUUAAUUGUCCUCUCUUGACAUCUCUUGAUGCUUCCUUUUGCAGUCAACUCACUGAUGAUUGCUUGUCUGCAACAACCCGUGCAUGUCCACUAAUUGAGUCAUUAAUAUUGAUGUCAUGCCCGUCGAUCGGGUUAGAGGGACUUUGUUCCCUGCACUGGCUCCCAAAUUUAGCUCUUCUUGACUUAUCAUACACUUUCUUGGUGAACCUGCAGCCUGUUUUUGACUCUUGUUCACAGCUAAAGGUGUUAAAGUUACAGGCAUGCAAAUAUCUCACUGACUCAUCACUUGAACCUCUUUACAAAGGGGGUGCUUUACCAGCUCUUCAGGAGUUGGACUUGUCUUAUGGAACUUUGUGUCAGAAAGCCAUAGAAGAGCUUCUUUCUUGCUGCACUCACCUUACACGAGUGAGUUUGAAUGGAUGUAAGAAUAUGCAUGAUUUAAACUGGGGGUACAGUCAAGAGAAGUUUCCUGAGUUACCUGGCGAGGUUGACCCACUGUCCUCAUUGGAAGUUUUGAAGCUAGAGUGUCCAAGAUUGACCAAUCUAUUCCUUCAGUCGUGCAACAUUGACGAGGGAGCUGUUGAGGCUGCUAUUUCAAAGUGCACUUUGUUGGAGACUCUUGAUGUUCGCUUUUGUCCUAAGAUAAGCUCAACGAGCAUGGUAAGAUUUCGUGCUGCAUGUCCUGGUUUGAAGCGUAUAUACAGCAGCCUGUCAACUUCAACAUGA